GACGAUUUAUUAAAACAAUGUUAGGGCAUGACUCGCGUGAUUUUUGUCGUUGCUUGUUUUUUUUUAUUAAGUCCUGGCUUUUAGUAACAUUCAGGUCAUGGAUUGACAUUUCAUUUCGCAUGAUUUUGAAAUCAGGAGUUAAAAUUCUACGAACACAACAAAGAUCAACCUGUUUGAAGGCAACUAUGGUGAAAGAGACUGGUUUUUAUGAUAUGCUGGGUGUAAAGCCUAAUGCCAGCCCUGAAGAGCUGAAGAAGGCCUAUCGUAAACUGGCAUUGAAAUAUCACCCAGAUAAAAAUCCAACAGAAGGGGAAAGGUUCAAACAGAUCUCCCAGGCAUAUGAGGUUUUGUCAGAUGCCAAGAAGAGAGAAGUGUAUGACAGAGGGGGUGAGAAGGCGAUUAAGGAGGGAGGAAGUGGAGGGCCAAGUUUUGGCUCCCCCAUGGACAUUUUUGACAUGUUCUUUGGAGGAGGGGGACACAUGCACAGGGAGAGGAGAGGAAAGAAUGUGGUGCACCAGCUGACGGUAUCUUUGGAGGACCUUUAUAAUGGAGCCACCAGGAAACUUGCUGUCCAGAAAAACAUAAUCUGUGACAAGUGUGAAGGUCGUGGAGGCCGUAAAGGGGUGAUAGAAGUGUGUCCAUUGUGCCGUGGGGUCGGUGUCCAGGUCAGACUACAUCACUUGGCACCUGGCAUGGUACAGCAGAUAUCAACAGUCUGCACUGGCUGCCAGGGGCAAGGUCAGCGACUUGGUCACCGCGACCGCUGCAAAACAUGUGCUGGUCGCAAGAUACUACGACAGAAGAAGAUUCUGGAGGUGCACAUUGAUAAAGGUAUGAAAGAUGGACAGAAAAUAGUGUUCCAUGGAGAGGGGGACCAGGAGCCUGGCCUUGAACCUGGAGACAUCAUCAUUGUCUUAGAUCAGAGAGCACACUCUGUUUUCACCAGACAAGGAGAAGACCUCAUCAUUAACAUGGAGGUACAGUUGGUAGAGUCAUUAUGCGGUUUUCAAAAACCUAUUAAGACACUGGACAACAGAACUCUACUCAUCACAUCCCAUCCAGGGGAGCUGAUUAGGCCUGGAGAUAAGAAAUGCGUUCUUAAUGAGGGGAUGCCUCUGCACCGUCGGCCAUUUGAGAAAGGGAAACUCAUCAUACUUUUCAAUGUUGUCUUCCCUGAAGAGAACUUCCUCCCAUUAAACAAACUGAAGGAGUUAGAAAGGUACCUACCUGAAAAACAGGCAAAUAUUGAGCCUGAUGGCAUGGAUGAUGACCUCUAUAUCUAUGCUGACCUUGAAGACUGUGAUCCAACCCAUGAACGCCAUCAUUACCACUAUAUAGAGGAGGAAGACUUUUACCCUUCUGGAGGAGUGCAGUGCCAAACCUCAUAGAGAUUCCUGUUCCCUGAAUCCCUUCCCUUCCACAACAAAUACCACCUCUGCUGGAAAACAAGAAAAAUGGACCAAGAGGAAAAGUUAAUUACCUCUCAACUAGUUCUGUGCCUAAAAUAAGACCUCUUAGUGCCGACCUCUUGUGUCAUUGUUUGAAAGAAUCUCCUCAUCCAAAAUCAAAUAUUUUGUGAAAUAAAUUUAGGGGAUGUGUAAAAUGAGUAGUGAGACUGGUAACAUAGAGGUUGAAUUAAGGGAAGAGUCUAUAGAAAUUUGUGUAGCAGUUACAAUGGAAAUGGAAGGGGUCAUUCAGGUGUGAAGUUGGUUGUGCCAUAAUCCCAGUAAAUUCCAUCUCUAAGAUGUAUUUACCUUGAAAAUCAAAUUUCGUCAUCAGUUUGAGAAAACAUUACAAUCUUUGUGGUGUUUUGUUUAUUGCCAAUUAAUUGUGGGUUACAUGUAAGACCAUAUGAUCUUGAUGUUGUUGGACAUUUGCUAUGUGCCAGUUUAUUGCUAAAUGUUUUUCUAGAACAUUUUGAACUAAUAAGAGGGGUAUAACAUCCAAGUUAAAAAUACAUUUAAAAUCCUUACUACAUUUUUAUCAUAACUUAGAAAUAAUUUUAACAAAAAUAAGUCAUGUUGCAUUAGUUCAUUCAAAUCCUGUUUAGAAGCUUAUCUAAAAAAAUAAUAAAAAGAAAUCAUGAAUUGAAUGGCACAACAAAAUACUAAAAAUGUCAAUUUGGUUUUGAAGGUGUUUUAAUACCUCUGCAGAAAACGUAAGAUCCAGUCUUAAGAUUACCUGGAAUGGAUAUUGAAACUUUUAUAACUUGAUUAUCUGUUAACUCUGCCUACAUUUCAAGGACAUUUUUGAAUAUUGCAAAUGCACUUUUAUCCGUUUUGUUAUUAAUAUUUUCAUUUUUGCAGGCAGAUAUGUCUAAUUUGAUUUGUAUUAUGUGUUGACUGAAGAAUAACUGAAAAAUGUGGAAUUUUAAUUACGACCAAUAACUUUGCCAUUUGUAAUUCUAUUUAUAAAAUGUCACAAUGUUAA